AUGCAUCCGAUCUCCGGAAGUUCAGCAGCUUCAGACGCCAACAGAAUAUAUGGCGCCGGUUCUGGAACCGAUUCUUGGCAUAGUAUAUCACACACGUAUGACGACGUUUAUGAGGUAGUGAGCGCUUGCAGCUCGAAGAAUCAAGAUAAGCUGCUUACUAAGCCAUCUCUAGAUCUAGACAUUUUUGAUGCCUUAGGUUGGAAAGCACUCAACUUCCCGUCCUGGCCCGGACUGAACUAG